CCCACGUUGGCACAAGUUAGUUGGGGAGUGAGGGACGGUCGGCCUGCUUAAGUGAGACUGGUUUAGCUAUUCUUACACAAACCGCCCUUAUAUCUAUCUCUCUAUCUAUCCAUUUUGUGUGUGUUUGUGUGGGGUGUGGUGGUGGAGCUGUAUAGAAAGUGACUUCUACUACUACUACUUCUGCUACUUCUUUCUUACCCUUCCUUUCUUUCCAAUUCUUAUCUCCCUUGUAGCUUCAUCUUCUAUAUUUUCUCUUUCCAAUAUUUUGUUUCUCUAGAGAGAGAGAGAGAGAGAGAGAUGGGGAAUUGCCAGGCUAUAGAUGCUGCGGCACUAGUGAUACAACACCCAUGUGGGAAGAUAGAGAGGAUGUAUUGGCCUAUCACCGCCAGUGAGGUGAUGAGGAUGAAUCCUGGUCAUUAUGUUUCUUUGAUUAUCCCAUUGCCGGUUUCCAAUGAAGAUAAGGAAAAUCAUCAUCAUCAAAAUCAUGAUAAUCAAGAUCAGGAACAGAUCAAGACCGUCCGUUUCACUCGGGUUAAGCUUCUUCGGCCUAAUGAGACCCUUGCUCUUGGCCAUGCUUAUCGCCUUGUCACUACUGAAGAGGUUAUGAAGGUGUUAAGAGCAAAGAAGUACGCAAAAUCCAAGAAACAGCAAGUUGAUUCAGUUGAGAACUCGGAUAGAGAUAGUGCUUCAGAGAAUCAAAAUCAGAGUUCAAGUUGUGAUUCAGCAGUGAAGUCUGAAAGGAAGAGGUAUCAGGCUCUGAAACUUGAAGGGCAUCGACAAAGGAUGCCGUCGUCGAAUGCCGGCGUAACGAGGUCGAAAUCGUGGCGCCCCUCGCUUCAGAGCAUCUCCGAAGCUGGAAGCUAGCUGGUGGCAGCAGCUUUGGAAAUUCCGAUUGGCUCAAAUGCAGAUUAGUUCUUUCAAGUGUAAUGCACUGGAAUCUAUCAUUUCCUGAUGCUUCUUCAUAGGAGGAGUUUCAACAACAUUCACAAAGGAAAAAAAAAAUAUUACAUAUAUGCCCCA